AUGGAUGCCAUGAGUUGUAAUGUCUGCGGAAAUAGAUUGGUUAUUAAGGGUAUUUCACUUGUUUGCACUGGAUGUGGAAAUGCUACUAGAAGCAAUCAUAUAUUCUCAACUGAACAAGAAUAUUAAAAAUAAAUACUCAAAAGAACUACCUCGCAUAUAAUGCAAAGGAGAGAAAGAGAAAUUCAACUCAAUCUUACAUUAUCAGAACACAUUAAAUAAAAUUGGAUAUAAUAUUUAGCAGCAUUUACUAAGUUUAUUAAUUUUAUAGGAAAGCAACUAAAUUUAGAUAUCAAACCACUUUUUUCAAGAUAUUUGCAUCAUCACAUCAAUCAGCCGGUCAAUUCAAAUUGGACUAUAGCAAGGAAGGGACAUUAAGCAUUUUCUGAGAAUAGAGUUGUCAAUUCCAAAUACAAAUUUAAUAAUUCCAAUACAGAAUCAACACUCAAUAUUAAAGUAGAAGAUGACUUUGAUCAUGAUUUCGAAAAAUAACUAUAAAAUAAUUUUACACAGGAUUAAUAAAAUUAAAGUUCUAUAAUAGAAAUUUAAUAAAUUAAAAAGAAAAUAUCCAAACCAAAAACACCAUUCUAUUAAAAAAGAGUCAUCAAACUUUAAUUAAAAUAAGGAAGUAAUCUAGGUUAAACUCUUUCUAAAAGAAAACAAUCAGUCCAUAGAAAAGGAUCUCAGAUACUAGACAUUCCUGUUAAUUAAGAUAAAUCAACAUUUAUUAAUGGUUUACUUUCUUCAACUAAUCUUACAAAUACAAUUUAUUAUGCUUUGAUUGAAAUCUAUUUUGAAAAAUACUACAGUACCACAACCAAUGAUUUAAAUUUGGCAAUCAAAAAGAUUAAAAACAUUAAAACUAAUUCAAAUAAUACUCAAAUUCUCUCCCUUAAAUCAAUAAGCUAAGAAUUGCUUUAAGAAAUGUCUCCCUUCUUAUAAAAAGAGUAUGUAUUAGUUUAAGAUAUCCUAAUUUAUAUGUUAGGAUGCCCAAAUAGUUUUUACGAGAUGUCUGAACAGUGGAAUCAUUUUGAUUUCAAGACUCUCAACAAAAAUCUAAAGAAAAGAAAUGUGAAUUUUAUUUCCAGAAAAAUAAAGUACAUUUAACAAUUUUUGAAAUCCUGUUAAUAAAAGGAAAUAAACACAUAGGAAACUGAUGUAACAGUCAAUAUAAACAACAAACUUUUUUCAAAAAAAAAAUUAAAUCUGAUACCAUUAGAUUUUACUUUUGGGCUAAUUCUGAUAUAUGCUACAAAUCUGAUCUAAGGAAAUAAGUUAUUUCCAAGCAAAUUAAUCUAAUUGAUAAAACAAAAAGAAAUCAAUUAUUUGGAAGGGUUUUCUCAUUUAAUGGGUGACACUACAAAUCAAUAUUUAACAAUCCCUUAGCAUCUGCCUAAAUCUGGAUUCAUUAGACAUCAAGCUGUGAAAUUAUUAAAACAAUUUAAUAUUGAAUAUUAGGAAUCUAAUAGAGAAUAGUUUUUAGAUAUGUUCAAAAGCAUUUGCAUUGAAUUGAAAAUAUCUCAAUAAAUCUAUAGUAUUGCAUUGACAUUUGAGUAAAAGUACUUUAUCAAUUUCAAUAUUCAUAAUAGUCAACACGAUAUCUAUUCUUGUAGUUUAAUCUUGUUGGCAUUUAAAUAUUAUAUUUACAUUGAUAAGUUAAGCGCAAUUAAAGAUUUAUCUUUGGUUUUUGAAUAUUGCAAGAAUAUCUAACCUUACGAUUACAAAGAUUUAGAGGAUUGUACCCUAGAAAAUUUAAGAUAAAAAUUGAAUGCUUUAUAAAAUUUUGAUCAAUAUUACGGUGAUAGGGAUCUGAAUAUAAAGUUGAAUUCAAAAUUAUAAUAAUUAGAUAGUUAUUUUGAAUAGCAAAUAAUACAAGAAUAUCAUAAGCAGGUUUAAACUGUCGAGAUAACAAAUGAAGUCAAAAUAAAUAUCAUUCAUGAGGAUUGGGACUUUUAUAAAACAGGGGAUUUUGAGUUUGAGGCUCCAGAAGUAAGAUUUUUGGAGAUGAAAUUAAGUAAUUACAUUGACGAUGAUGAAAAUUCUAUAAUUAAUUUAUUUCAUGAAUUGGAAAGAGUCUUGGUAUGA